UCCAGCCUCCUGCUGUGCAGAGGGGGGACUUACAAAUUGCCACAUCACAAGCACAACUGGUCACUGUUCUGCAAAGGGCCAGGUGUCUACCUAGGACCCCUUCCUGGCCAAAACAUGGGAGGGGGAUUCUAUGAUACUGAAGAUGAAAGAGCUGGGCAAGUGGGGCAUCUCUGAAGAUGGGACUGCGCAAGUUCAAAGAUAAAAGGAGAAAGUAGUCCCUGAAAUGUUCUGGUAACCAUGAGAAUUCGGAUGAAGGGCGAUGUUCUCUGCACACUUUUCUUACUGACUGCUCUCUGCACUUUGCUCUACGGUCUUCUUAAACCAGGUGCAAGACAAGGAAUUUCUACCGGGAAACAAGCAAAGGCGCUCAAUGUCCAAUCUGUCACCACGACUUCCAAGAGGUACUAUAAUACCAAAGUAAGACCCGAAAAGACAAAGAUCCUAUCCGAUACUUAUAAUGUAGGCAUUGACAGUGAAGAAGUUAAAGCCACCAUUCAAGUUCCAAUAACGCAGCCUCCCUUUGACUUUGACCAAUACCUCAGAAGCAAGGACCACCGUAACUUCAGCAUGCUAAUUAACCAGCCCAACAAGUGUGCCAAACCCUCAGGAGAUUCCUUCUUGCUUAUCGCCGUGAAAUCCAUCGUGGAAGACUUUGACCGCCGUGAAAGUGUACGCAAAACCUGGGGAAAGGAAGGGAUUAUCAACGGGGUGCGGGUGAGGAGAGUCUUCCUUCUGGGGACCCCAAAGAAUAGGACGCAAGUGUCCUUGUGGGAGUCCCUUAUGCAACAGGAGAGUCAUUAUUACAAAGAUAUAUUGCUAUGGGAUUUCCUCGAUACCUUCUUUAAUCUGACCUUGAAAGAGAUUCACUUCCUCAAUUGGGCUCAAACGUUUUGCAACGAUGUUAAGUUUAUCUUUAAAGGGGAUGCUGAUGUUUUUGUCAAUGUAGAGAACUUGAUUAAUUUCUUGCAAGCCCAAAACUCCUCUGAUGAUCUAUUCGUCGGAGACAUUAUAAAUCAAGCGAAACCCAUAAGAUCCAAGAAAAGCAAGUACUACAUCCCAGAGACAAUGUACGGGUUAGGAAUGUAUCCACCGUACGCAGGAGGCGGCGGAUUCCUAAUGUCAGGGGUCACUAUGAAAAAGCUGUCAGAAGCCUGCAAGGAGGUAGAGCUCUUUCCCAUAGAUGAUGUGUUUUUGGGAAUGUGUUUGCAACGGAUCAACCUUAAGCCUGUUCUACAUGCAGGGUUUAAAACGUUUGGAAUCCCGAAGCCCUCGGCUGCACCCAACCUACAGACUUUUGACCCCUGCUUCUACAGAGACCUGAUGGUUGUCCACAGCUUGAAGGCAGCAGAGAUCUGGCUAAUGUGGAAUCUCCUUCAUAGUCAACAACCACCUUGUUCCCAGAAACAGAGAAUAAAGAAACCCUUUCACUGGAAGAAGAAAAAGGCCAAACAAGUGCCAAAAGCUGUCACGACUGACCAGUGGCCAAGCAACCCACAUGCGGAGAGCCAGAAAUAGAUGACAUGUGGCCUUCAAGACUCAUUGGCAGAGCCCUAGAACUUUGGAGAAGCAAUCCCAUGCUCUCAUAUUUAAUGUCCAAGUCAUUCUUUGGCUACACAGCAGAAGGUGAGACAUGCUUUUUAGACAAGAAACCCCACCAGGAUAAUUAUGGCAGACCGCAUGUCAUGUGAUGAGGAAUAAACACAUGUAGACAGUAUUAGGGGAAUAGUCAUUUAGGGAACGGUUGAAACAUAUGCACUGAUACACACCUGAUGCUUGUCCUAAUCACGCGUCACAUUAAAAUCGUAUGAAAGUACUUGCUUUGGUCGUAAGCAUCGGCACGAUAAAAAUAAAAAAUGGACAA